GCCGUGACGUCCGAAAAUACCAGAAUGAGAGAGCAAAGACGAAUUCAAUAAGAAAAAGAAGAAGAAUCGAACAGCUGGGGCGAAAUUGAAAGGUUUGUUUACAAAGUGCAUAAUAAAUCGCGGAUUUACGGAAUUAUUUAAUUUUAAAUGCGGCUCAUCUGGAUGAAAUGAAAAGGCUGUUAGAUGUAAUGCAGCAACGUGCUCCCGAUGUUGAACAUCAGUUCAAAGAAAAGCCAAAUGAGUUGGAAAUGUCGGAUAAGGCCAAUGUAAACCAAGGCGGCAAUCGUAUAGAGACCUUGACGUAGACGCAAUUUAUGUACGAGGAACAGAUUAGAGACUUACAAUCCAUGGUGCAGGAAUUUAUGAUGGUCACAAAAUAUAUUGGCAAAAACAUAGCAAGUGCAUAUGCCAAGUUGGAAAAAUUGACAAUGCUGGCCAAAAAGAUGAGUCUUUUUGAUGAUCGACCGCAAGAGAUUCAUGAAUUGACCUACAUCAUGGUGUAUGCGUUACAAUCUAAAUUAGCCAGCAUGGGCACCGACUUCAAACCGUUGUAUACUGUCGUACUGUUGUAUAUCAGAAACUUUAAACGUCUAAAGCUAUAUAUAAGGAAUUCGCAAGCUAACAUAAAAGUUUUAUUAUGAAAUUUCACACAAUUAAAAAAUAGUUGGUGGUGAUUUAUGCAACCUCACAAACGCGGUUUUUCAUUAUCAUGAUACGCGGUUUUGCAUUUUGUUGAUACGCGGUUUUGUACUUUAAACGACGACUUGCAAAGGGCGCUAUGUAAAA